AUGUCCUCAGCCACAGUUCUCAUCCUUCUGGCUCUUCCCCUCGUAGUUCUCACCUGUCAGGCCGGAACAGGUAUAUGAUUAGUUUUAUUGAACUGCUCUCUUUCAUCUUGCUUCCGAAUGGAUAAAUAAUUUUCUGAAAAUGGAUUUUUCAGGUUCUUUGGGUAAAACUGGCGUCUUCAAGUUCAGUGUAUCGCCAGCUGUUGGGUACACCUUUUCCGCUAAUAUUUCUCAGGGGCAAAUCAGCGAAGCUUAUGCCAAAAGCUCCGCCGAGAGAGACGCUCGAAAUGCGGUUCGUUAUUAUUUCUUUAGUAACCGAAAUUCUUCAUAGAAUGUGAAGACUUUUGAAGAUUUAAACCUACUUAAACUCGACUCUCAACAAUUUUAGACCAGAACACAAGAGUAAACAUUUUUUUGAAGUUUUUCGAAGCUUUUUUUCCAGUGUCAGGAAUAACAGCUUCUGGAUCUUUUUCGAUAAUGAAAAAUAAUUUCAUAUAAUAAAAUGGGCUAUUUUUGAUAGUUUAAUGAGGAAAAACAUUUUCCAAGCUAAAUCUUGAAGUUUUUCAGAUCUACGAAGUCUUGAGAGAAAACAGCCUGCCAACUAAUGACGUUGAGAUCAAGGUUAGCAAUGCUUACAGAAAAAUUCGAGCUUAAAACUAAAAAGAAAAGUUCGGGAAGGAUUUCGCCUCAAGGGAUUUUUUCCUUCAAUUUCUUAUUUUAUUGAUAUAUUUCUAAAUGUUUUCCAUCUCUUUCGGAUCUCUUGAAAAAGUUCUGAAGCGUUGUGAAAUUCUCCUAGGGAAUAUAUUCAAUUAUUGCUGUUUUUCAGAACGACUCUGGUUAAUCAUUUUUUUAACUAUACAUAGGAGCAUAAAAUUAGCUUUUUUUGCAAAGUUCAUUUUUUUCUAACGUUCUGACGCAAAGAAGUACAUUUCUUUGAUAAUUUGGGAAAAAGUUCUAAAAAUUUGGCUUAAUCAAUUAUUGAUGUUAUUAAUGAAUACCCUGCAGAGCUUCCAACUUUUUGAGAAAAAAAACAUUAGAAAUGUUUCUUUAUUGAACUGUGAAAUAAAAUUUGAAAGAUUGAAACUUGUCCAGCUCAGCAAAAAGCGCUUGAGCCAAGCCACAAAGAAACAUUUGGAAGCUAUGAUCUUGAUUAUUUCUCCUGUCAGACGCCGUUGAUCCAUGAUUGUCAUUUGAAAAUUGAAGGUCGACUUCACCCCACCCAAUACACCUCUUCUGGCUCCAAAUGACCCUUGUGACGCUACAGUCACCGCCGCUCUUUAUCAAGUCAUUGACGGUAAUUCUAUAAAGUAUCUCAGCAUGCUUUAUCAUGAUCUCAGGAGCUGUCCUCUACAAGUGUCUAGAAGGAAGUUUGACAUCAUUCACCAUUGAGGACGACGUCACUGUCACUGCCUCUCAGGUACUAGAGAAAUAUGGAUUUUUCGACUAGCAAAUCAGAAAUUUAAAAUGGUUGUGAAUAUGAAUUUGCAGCCAAUCUACGAAAGUCAGUGGAGAGAGCUGGGUCUGCAGAUCGUGUCGAAAUUGGAAGCCAAAGGAUCCAAGUUCCAGAGCACCAGUGUUUCAGUAACCAACUAA